GGUAUAAAACGCGCAACGCGUACGACUAACUUAAUGAGAGUGCGUCCGGAAUGGGUCCAAGGGUUUUGCGGCACAAGUUCUCCUAUUAUCUCAAAAUUAAGGUUGUGAGUAUUCAAAAGAUUUGUUUUUAGUCGAUGGAGGACUGUUUCUAAGCUACAAUUUCGCCUGACCGAUCGCAAUCGUCUGAUCCACGCAAGUGACUGACUCGGCAAUCCGAGAGCGCUUUGAUUUAAAUCAAUUCUAUUAGAAACAGUGCGUUAUGUCGGAUCUGGAAGACAUCGAAGAUGUAUUUGAGGGGUGGCUAGAGAAACCGACAGAAGAUGAUGCAAAAAGCAAAGGCUGGUUGAAAAAGUCUUUCACAAAGAAAUGGAAGAAGAGUUACUAUGUGCUACGAAAAUAUUGUGCUGGAGACCAACCUUUCCUGCAGUGGUUUGAUAGAGAAGAAGGAUGGCAGAGGCAAAUGGCACGAGGGACAUUGGAAUUGUUUCCCAGAUACAAGGUGUUCAAAAGAAUGGAACAAAAGUCGAGGCAGUAUGUGUUUGAGAUCAGUACUGAUGCUGAAACAUUGACGUUGGCUGCAGAGAGUGAGACUGUGAUGGACCUGUGGGUGAUUCAGUUACAAAUGCAAACUACUUUAAAUCCACGAGUAGCAGGUGAGGUCUUCAGGGUCAAAGGCAGUGGCAGCCGACAAAUGCAGAGAAUAGGAGCUAAGGACCAACAGUGUCUCUUACACAUUUCCAGGUGGGGUUUGUCCCUGGCUUUAGAGCGUACUCGAGCUGUGCUGGCUCAGUGGCCCUUGACAACAAUUCGCAACUAUGAAGCUCUAGAUUCCAAUGAAUUUAUCUUUGAGGCUGGCAGGGCAUCCCCUAUGGGUGAAGGGAAAUACAACUUUGUCACACGCAAUGGUGAUGACAACAAGAUUUUUGAUGCCAUAGACAGUUUUGCUUCUGCUCGUGUCAGGAGGGGAAGGAACUUCCAUUCCCCAACAGCUUCAAAUGAGCUGACAGAAGAUGACAUUGAACGUGCCUAUGAUCAACUCAGGUUUAGCCUCCAAAACUUCCCAGGGAAUCGAGACAGAUCUGUUAGACAUAUGAGCCAGAGUGUGCCACGACCCAUUGACACAGGGACACCACAGCAAGCAUAUAAUCACAUAGGCAGAUCAGAUAGUAUAGGCAGUGCACAUAGUCUUGGCAGCUUCUCAAUGGUCUCAGAAUCUGCUCUAAGCUACAGCCGCCUGGAGAGGCUACCAAGCUGGGGUUCCCAUACAUCCAGUUCAACUUAUCCAAGGGACCAGUACAACACACUUAGUUCAGUGCAGACGGAAAACACCAUACAGGAAGGAAGCUAUGACAGACUAGCCCGCUCACCAAGUACUUCAAGCCGUAACUUUUCUCAAUCACUGGACACAAGAUCUCAAAUGGAACAGAGACAUUUGAUGCAGGAGGAGCCAUCUGCUGGCCAGAAAUCACAUGGGACAAAAAUGGCACCCGCUAUACCCAAAAAGAAGAAUGAAUUAACAAAUGGUAAUGAGCAUUCAAAAGAACCCAGUGCAACUCCAAAAAAUCAAAAACCAUCCAGUGUACCAAGAUCAGCUCAGCAAGUUGCAUCUGAUGAUCAUGCUGAGAGAACACAAAGCUUUUCACGUGGAACAGAUAAAUUAAGGACUAUUCACAGCAGGUACUUAGUUUCUUUUCUUGUUAUGCAAAGAAGGAUGUUGGACAAAUUUCAAAAUUAAAUUAGAACUGUCUGCAUCAAAAGGGUUGAAAGCAAAAAUAACCAUAAAAUGCUUAACUUAUUGUGAGCCACAUCAAGGGGAAAUCAAAUGUCCAAACAGAAGUUCCCAAGUGGAGUUGAGGGGUCCACUUACUGGCCAGCUAAAAGAACCAGUCUUGCCAGCCAACCUGUCUGAUAUAUAUUUUGUGUUUGAUCCAAGCUUAAGAUAUGGGACACUUUAUACAUCAAUGAGAGAUAGGCACAAAUAAAGAAAGUAAGCUUUUUGUUGUGAUGAUAACUCCCAAGAACUCAUUACUGAUACUCCUUACCAUCUGCCAUACAGUUCUUGUGAUUUUAGUUUAGAGAAUUUGGUAUUGCAUCAACUUACAAUCCCUUAAUUGAUAUUUUUCUGUAUUCUUAUCACUUUUCUGAUUGGUAUUGUAAUGAUAUUGUGAGGAGAAAUUCUGUCCUGGUCACUCAAGGGAGUUAAAGGGUUAAGCUUAGGCCAACAAAUUCUGUUUUUUUUUACAGUCAUCAUAACUGUCAUUCAAGUUAUCUUGAUACAAAUUCCAAAUUUUUUGUACUUUUAUUUCUUGUUCAUAUUUCAGUGCAAGUCAGUUUUCAGAAUCUUAUGCUUACCUUGUUAGUGAGAGCCAUGCCUGAUCAAGAUAAAAACACUUACAAAUAGUUAUUUUAUUUUAUCAUCAGGGACAGGAUUUUGCUCCCUUAGUUAACUAAUUAGAUUCCUUAGAUACUCAAUCAAAAGUUGCUGCAACUUUCUGCUUCAAGAUGCUUUUCAAAUUGAUGGUGAACUCUACAAAAAGCUAUUACCAAAGAAAGAUUUCUGAAAUCUUAUCUCUUGGGCUACAAGCAAGAUUUUUCUAGUAAUCCAUAAGUUCCUUUGAAUGUGUCAAUACAUUAUAUGCUUAAUAAUUUAGGGUUAGCCAAAACAAAUCAAAGUAAUUUUUACCUCUAAGCCUCUCUUAUUUCUUCUGAAGAGUAUUCAAAACAAAUUCUAUUUAUAUAUUUAUGAUUCUAAUUCAAUAAAUUGUUGUGUUGUUACUUUUAAGUGAAAAUAUGUUGCCUUGAAAUAAAACUCCACAUGGAAAAUAAUUCUAGUUACUCAAAAUUCAUAUUUUCAUUGUAAAUAUAGAAACAAAUUUUAAUUAAUUAUAUCAUUGUAAAGUUAUUGUUUGUGAGAAGCCAAUUUCCAUUAAAAUAUAUUUGAUAAUAGUAAAAUAUUUUUUCCUCUCUUGGAAAAGCCCUAUUUAGGCGCAAGAAUUCCUGCUCAAAUUUUCUAUCCAAUUGUCAUAGACAAGAUAAUUAAGAAUAAGGAGAAGCAUUCUUUCAAGAGAAUAGUUUUCAUAGUUUUAUUACUUAUCCAAUUAUAUUGUCUUCUACAGAACUUCUACAUAUCUUUGAACUAAAACUAAUUAAGUGUCCUAGAUAAUCUGCUGUUUUGUUUUAAAAGUUUUGAUUUUCAAUCUGAUAUUGUAGUAAUAUAAAAU